ACAUCACACACCCAAAAUCACCAAGAUCCGUUUUUUAACCGGCCAGAGGAGACGGUUUUAAUAACCAGUAGCCAGCCAGAGCUGACGGCAGACGUGGCUUGGGUUAGGGAUCUGAUGAUACGUUGGUUGCUGGCUGUUGGAAACGCGAAAGUAGAGAGUGCAAAUUCUCAGCUAUGUGCUGGUUACGAGGUUCAAGAUCACUAAUUACGAGAUCCAAGAUGAUAGAAGAUUCAUUCAGCAUAGCAUGGAUUUAGCUACAACAGCAUUAUUCUGCUCUUCGCUUUGACUCUCGGUAGACAGUUGGUAGCCAAUCUCGACACCAUCUAUAGGGAACUUAGUCCGAACAAAUUUGCUGGAAAUUCUCAGCACCUUUGAAUAUAUGAAAAUUUAGCAAGAAUUCAGGGAAUUUAAUUAUUGUUUCCUCUAACCGUUUUUCAUAAAAUGCUUAGUUCAAAUUCACCCUUCAAAAUUGAAAGCAUCUUUCCAGGUUU